AUGAAAUUAAAUUUUUUAUUAUUUAUUAAUUUUUUUAAUAUUCUUCUUUUAAUUCAUGCAAAUCAAUCAUUUUAUUUUGGUAUUAUUAAUCAUCCUACACAAUGGUAUUUUCAUUGUCCACAAAAUCAUACAAAAAUAUUAGAUCCACCAUUAAAUGAACAACCAUUAAUAUCAUAUGAAUGUCCACAUCGAUCAUCAACAAUGGAAAUUUUACCAUUAGAAAUUGAUUUUACAUUUUUAUGUCGUUUACAAUCACGUUUAAUAUGGAUUAUAAUUGAUCUAUAUCAAUAUAAUACAUUUUUAUGGUUAAUUAAUAGAAAUAAUAUUGAUAUAAAAAUAGAAUUGAAUAAUCAAAUUGAAAUAAAAAAUUCAACAAUAGAAUCAAAAAAUUAUACAAAUCGUUUAAUUUUAAUUGAUGCAUUUUAUAUUCCAUUUGAAUCAAUUGAUUUAUUAUUAAAUAAACAAGUUGAAAUAAAUAUUCAAAUAAAAAAUUUAAAUCAAUUAAAUCAAUGUCAAUUUUUUAUUAAGGAUACAUAUUUAUGGAAAACAUUUAUGAAUAAUCAUUGUAAUUCAAUUCAAUCGAAAACACUUUUUAUUCAAUAUGCUAAAUGUGAUUUUCAUUUAAAUAAAACAUUACCUACUGAUACAAAUCUUCAUGAAAAGCAUACUUUUCAAACAGUUACAAUUAGUAAUAUACCUGAUUUUAAUACUAAUUUAUCUGUUAAUAAAGAAAAAUUAACAACAACAACAAUAAAAACAGCUCAACUUGACAAUAUUGAACAAAAUAAAAGUUUGAUUUCAACAACAAAUUCAAUGCCUUAUAAUAAUCAUUAUUUAUUAAUUGAAGAAAAUUAUCGUCAAAUUUUAACAUUAUUAACUCAUUCAACAAUAAAUUCAAAAUUAUUAAAAUUAAUAUGUAUUUUUUUAAUAAUUAUUCUUAUUCUAUUAAUUAUAUUGUUUCUCUAUAUGUAUUAUUAUCAUUACUAUCUUCGACUAGAAUUAUCAACAUUAUCAAUUAGAAAAUCUUCAUCAUUAUUAUAA